UUUUUUUUUUAUGUCUGCCUAACAGAUCUGGUCGGAUCAAAAAUUAUAAAUAAAAUAUUUAUAUUCUUUACGACGGUCGGGCUUGAUCAAAAAAUUGGGCAUAUACAGCAGACAGCUCGAACUUAGACUUGAAAAGUUAAACCUCAAAUAAGCUCGGCCCGAAGCCGGAUAUAAAAACCCCUCACAUAUCAAUUGUCAAAACUACCUGUCGUUUAAGCCUUGUGCUGGGCUAUUAACUGGGGUCUUGCUUGCUUGCUAUUUGGGUGUUGAAUUAACAGGUUCAUGACUUAGAAUUGGCAUUGCAUCAAUUGAUUUGUGGCUUUUUCUGAUUCUACAGACAAUAACUGUCAAAUGGAGAGCUUAGAUCAAAUUUCCAACGUAAAACCAGCAAAACCACCACCGAAACGUUUCGUAAAAAACCAGAUUCCAGACUCAAUCCUUAACGACGCAUCUCUGAACGCCGCCAUUGCCCUCCUACCCUCAAACUACAACUUGGAAAUCCACAAGUGCGUGUGGCGAAUUCGCUCUACUGGCACCAAGCGCCUCGCUCUCCAGCUCCCUGAGGGCCUGCUUAUGUACUCACUUAUCCUCUCCGACAUUUUCACCGCUUUUGCUGGCGUCACUCACUGUUUUAUCCUCGGAGAUGUUACCUAUGGUGCUUGUUGUAUCGAUGAUCUUUCUGCUUUGGCUUUAGGUGCUGAUCUUCUAAUUCAUUAUGGUCAUAGUUGUUUAGUUCCUAUUGAUGCUACUAAAAUUCCUUGUCUUUAUGUUUUUGUUGAGAUUAAGAUUGAUGUGGAGUGUUUGAUUAGUACUAUUAAACUUAAUUUGAAGGAUUAUAAAAGUGUUAUUCUUGCGGGUACUAUUCAGUUUGCUUCUGCUAUUAGAGAAGCUAAACCUGAGUUAGAAAGGUUAGGACUUUAUGCUUUGAUUCCUCAGUCGAAACCAUUGUCCGCUGGUGAAGUUCUGGGUUGUACUGCACCAAAAAUAUCUUCGAAUUCAAUGGUUGGGGGGGGCAGUGAGACGGUUGUGGUGUUUGUGGCGGAUGGCAGAUUUCAUUUGGAAGCGUUUAUGAUUGCAAAUCCUGGGAUUAGUACUUUUAGGUAUGAUCCUUAUAUGGGGAAGUUGUUUUUGGAGGAGUAUGAUCAUCGUGGAAUGAAGGAGGUUAGGAAGGGAGCCAUACAGAUGGCUAAGGAAGCUAGAAAUUGGGGUAUUGUUUUGGGUACAUUGGGUAGGCAAGGGAAUCCGAGAAUUUUAGAUAGGUUAGAGAAGAAGAUGAGAGAGAAAGGGUUUUCAUACACAGUUGUUUUGAUGUCGGAGAUUAGUCCGGUUAGGAUUGCUUUGUUUGAGGAUUGUAUUGAUGCUUGGAUUCAGAUUGCGUGUCCUCGGCUUUCCAUUGAUUGGGGAGAGGCAUUUAAGAAGCCUCUUUUGACGCCUUUUGAGGCCGAGAUUGCACUUGGAGAUUUACCAGGUUGGUGGGAGAAGAGUGCAGGAUGUGGCAGUGAUGAUCUGUGUUCCGGAUGUACUAAUGGUGGUGAUUAUCCCAUGGAUUAUUAUGCUCAGGAUGGUGGAGAAUGGAAUUCCGCUUAUGUGAAGAAAGCAACUCGCCCUGUGAGAAGAAAUGUGGUAUCUUCUGGUGGUUAUGGUGCUGCUUUGUAGCAUUGGUGGCCUAUAAAAGAUUGUACUACAAGCAUGUACAACACAUUUUCUUUUGCUGAUUCUUUAGAGUUCAAACCAUAGAGGUUACUGUGGCUUUUCUAGGUUGAAUUUUGGUUUGGGGAACGGGGGUGGGAAUGGGGGUGUGAGGAGGCAUUUACUUGAGCGGAACUAUAAAUUGCUAAAAUGCCAAUUAAGUUCUUAGUAGUAAUCCAGUUUUAACUGCCGUUUUGUAGGUUAUUUUUUAUCUUUGCUUUGGUAGCACAUGGGCAAAUAUGAUUCUAAUCCCACUAGUAGAUAGGACGGGAGCAUUUUGUGGAAGUGUCAGUCUUGCAAUUAGAAUGCUGUUCAGGUACAAUUUUUGCAGGCUGCAGGUGACCCACAAAAAUCAAGUUGAUACUAGCACAGCACUGCUCUAUAUGCAGGAUGUAGGAAGUGAUUAUCAGGUUAUGAGUUCUGUUCUGUUGUGGUGCAUGUGAAUUUUAGUCGUGUAAAGCAAUUGCAGACAGGACGAGUGGUGUUCAUUGGUCCCCAGGUACACAUAAUCAUUAUAAGUAGAGCUGUAGGACGAGGGCUAUUCAGAGUUUGAUCUGAUAAAAGCUAGUUUGAGCUUGUUCAUACGGGCUCGUCUAAUAAACAAGCCAAAAGCAAGUUAGGGAAAGCUCGGCUGUUUAGGCUCAUGAAUUAGCUUGUUGUAAACUCAUGAAUGAGCUCGCAAAUUAAAAUAUUAAUGUGAUAUCUGAAUACAAAAUUUAUAUA